AAAAUGAUGCACGCUAUUUUUGUGACAUACGAAAUUUCUAGCCCGUUUAACCAGUUAGUUGUGAGGUCUUUAUAUCCUAGAGAGACACUUGUAUUCAGGUAAAUUGUCAUCAACGCACAAAGCAUCAACAUGGAAGAAGAUGAACAAAAAUUGGCAGUUAUGCGAAAAGCAUUUCAAAUGUUUGAUACAACAAAAAGUGGCUUUAUUGAUACAAUAAAAAUAUCAAUACUUCUUAAUACAAUGGGUCAAUUAUUUGAUGAUUCUGAAUUGAAUGCAUUAAUUGAAGAAAAUGAUCCAGAUCAUGUUGGAAAAGUUAAUUUCGAUGUGUUUUGUAGAAUUGCUGGAAGAUUUUUAGAAGAAGAAGAUGCUGAAGCUAUGCAAGAAGAAUUAAAAGAAGCAUUUCGUAUGUAUGAUAGAGAAGGAAAUGGAUAUAUAACAACAGCUACACUCAAAGAAAUUCUUGCUGCUUUGGAUGACAAAUUAACGAGUUCAGAUUUAGAUGGUAUUAUUGCAGAAAUUGAUACUGAUGGUUCUGGCACUGUUGAUUUUGAUGAAUUUAUGGAAAUGAUGACGGGAGAAUAAAUUUAAUAACUUUACCUCAAAAGAGCAGCUUUAAAAGUUCAAAAAUUAUUUUCAAAAAUUUCGAAAAACAUGUUAAUAAAAAUUCAAAUAAAAAAAAUGUGAAUAUUAAAUAUACUAUUGUAUAUAUAUAAGUUAAAAAAUUAUUUUGUCGAGUUUAUUUAUUUAAUUACCUUGUAUUUUUAUUAUAUAAUCUAAAUAUAUUUUUUUCAAUAAAAAAUUUCGUCAAUUGGCAAA